CUUGAAGUGUACAGGUACCCUGCCUUGUAACCUCGAUCCCACCUAAAAACUAAAAGGGCAAAACCCUCGCAGUGGAAUCGUCUUCGGAGCCGUUUCCAUGGCUACCAAGAAGCGCAAGGUCGACCAAGAGGGCGAGCUCCUCUCCGCCGCCUCGGAUCCCCUUCCGCCGCCCGUCCUCUACACCCCUGCUCUCGCCUCCGACGAGGAGGACGCCGACGGCGAUGAUGACGAAGUGGGUAUGUUUCUGGAGACGUUCUCCCGUGACCAGCUCGUUACCCUCCUCAGCUUCGCUGCGGAAUCCGAUGGCGCUACCCUGGCCGAGAUCCGCCGCACCGCUGACCUAGAUCCCUCGCACCGCAAGCUCUUUGUCCACGGGCUCGACUGGGAAACCACCGCCGAGGGCCUUCGCUCCGCGUUUGCCCGCUACGGAGACAUUGAUGACUGCCGCGUCAUCUUUGACAAGGUCACUGGCCGAUCCAAGGGAUAUGGUUUUGUUCUCUUCUGUCACCGGAGCUCCGCUCGCCGCGCCCUCCGCCGCCCGCAGAAGCUAAUUGACAGCCGCAUGGCCUCCUGCCAGCUCGCAUCUUCUGGCCCCGCGCCCAAUCCCCAAAAUUCUGCCCAGAACCACUCAAACUUUAACACUGGCCCUAGUGUUGCCACUUAUCAGGAUAAUGUCGCGAGGAAGAUCUAUGUAGGAAACGUUAAUUGUGACGUUGAUGGUGGUCGUCUCCUUGCCUUUUUCUCCCAGUAUGGUGAGAUCGAGGAGGGCCCUAUUGGCUUUGAUCGGCAUACAGGGAAGCCCAAAGGCUACGCUUUAUUUGUCUAUAGGACGGUGGAUGGCGCCAUGAGAGCCCUCGAGGAGCCAAAUAAGAAUUUUGAGGGAAUAGUUCUUCAAUGUGAGAGAGGUAAUGACAGAAGUAAGGGGACACAAUAUCAUAAUGCAGCAGCUCCACUCAAUGUAGCACCGAGUACAGGAACUCUGAAUGGUCCUGGUUAUACUAUGCCUGUAGCAGACACUGGGUUAGCACAACAAGCUGCAAUGAUGGGGCAGGGCCUUCUUGGCAUGGGCGGGGCACAAGCGUUUGGGCAGGCUAUGCAAUCAAAUGCUGCAAUGCUUGCUCUACUGACAGCUGCUGGGCAGAAUCCAGCAGCUUUUGGAAUCACACCUACUGUGCUUAGUUCUUUGAACCCUGCUUUUGCAACUGCUUUUGGUGCAACAGGGAGCCAGCAGACGGCACCCACUUUACCUCAGAUGGCACAGGUGCCAAAUUAUGGGGUCGUAAAUUCUGGGUAUCAGGGAUCUGCAGGUUUUCAGGGAUCUGCAGGUUUUCAGGGAUCUGCAGGAUUUCAGGGUUCACCAGGGUUUCAAGGGCCUCCAGGGUUUCAGGGUCCUCCAGGCUAUCAGAGCAAUCAGUCUGUCGCUCAACAAGCACCUGGAGGUGGCAGCUCUUACCCAACAGGGGCAACUCCAAUGUCAAGGCGAUCGACUGGAUCAAUGGGCGGAUAUGGACAAUUUUAGAAUUUGAUGUCUUGGGCUCUGACAAUAAUGGAGUAGAGUGCUAACAGAGGUGUCAUGCCGCAGCUGCAGCUGCAAACGCAUGUAUUUUCAGAUGUGAUGUUUACUUGACUUGUGAAUGAUUUAUCUUGCUUUUUUAAGCACAUAGGUUAUGGUUAGUGUCUUUCUAACACGUCUUUAAUUUCUCUCAUUUGAUCCUUAUUACAGCAUUGGCUAGAACCUUCUAGCCUCUUCUUGGUCCUAUUUCUGAAAAAUCAUAGGUUCAACAGUGAGACAUGUCUGUUCUGACCUUUUGACCAUGUACAGUAUUGAAGAGACUGCUGUGAUGCUGAACAUUCUUCUUCUACAUUGGAGCAAAUAAGGUUUAUCUCUUGCAAUAUUGAUUAAAUUAUCAUUCUUGUUUUACUUCAUUUUAGUGUAUCCUGCUAAAAUAUCUUUCGCCUCUCUUUUGCCCCUCUUUUGCCUCCUUUGCAAUUGCAUUUAGCAAUAGAAUAGCAAACUGCAGGAUAGAUAUGCACCUUAAUAAUUUUUUAUGACCAUUCUAUUUUGUGACUGCUAUUACUGUUUGUUUUAUUUUCAAUGGCAUGCCAUUGAUCACUGACAUACUUUUUUGCUCUCUAAGAGAAAGCUACUAUCAUAAAACUUUCAACCUAGAGUAAACUCUGAAAUGAUAAUGGUGAGGUAGUAUUUCUUGAAAAUUUAUUUAAACACCAUAAUUUUUAACAAACGCUCUUUUUCUUAGAAGAUUUUGUAUUUUUGUGGUGUAUUUUUGCAUUUAUUGCCAUCAAGUAGGUGAAUUUGUUGCAUAGUAUUUAAGGCAGAAGAUUCAUGAUUACAUGUUUGAAAUUGCUACUUCAACUACACACAAGCAAGACUUUUUAGUUAUGUGGAAGUGGAACUAAAGUAUAUGUCAGCUACAUACCCUGAUAACCAAGGUAGUCUUUUUUCAUUAUCUUACUGGCUAUAUUUUGACAAGAACUGAGAUACACGAGGGACGGCAUAGAAAUUGAACAUUAGUGUGAACUUGACCUAACUGGACUUAACCUGAAUUUUAGUGUUUUCUGGUUGCUUGAUAUUGUGUGGAAGUGGAACUAAAGUAUAUGUCAGCUACAUACCCUGAUAACCAAGGUAGUCUUUUUUCUUUAUCUUACUGGCUAUAUUUUGACAAGAACUGAGAUACAUGAGGGACGGCAUAGAAAUUGAACAUUAGUGUGAACUUGACCUAACUGGACUUAACCUGAAUUUUAGUGUUUUCUGGUUGCUUGAUAUUGUCUUUUGAUUUGUUGUUUAAAUUUUAAGUAUACUUUGUUUAACUGGAAAUAGCCAAAUAGGACCUUUCCAGUCAGUUUCUUUUAAAAAUUUCAACUUGUAGAUUUUCUGUUUAAGAUGUAAUAGUAAUUGUUUAGUUAUUAAUAAAAUACAGUUGUUUUUCCUCAUAUUUUCAACUGAAACCUAGAAUCCAACCCACACAGGAUCAUGUUGGGUUAAGGCAUUAUCUAAAUAUAUUUCCACACCUAGUUAUGAUAUUAAGUUUUGGAGUCAUUGAAUAUUUUGAGGGUAAUCAUCUAGGAUGGUAUGAAUUUGUAUACUGAAACAAAGUGGGUCAAUCAUUUACCUAAGGAAGGUAUGAUUAACAAUAAAAUAGUUCAGAUGUUAGAAACAGUCUUUUGAAGAGCCUGGUGAAGGAAAAUUUCCAUCUCGUUCCUCCCAUUCAAAUUCAAAGUCAUUCUCAAACCUUACUAGAAGAAAUACUGAUGGAAAGUAGUAGUAGUAGUAGUAGUAAUGUUUUAUAAAAACCAGUGUUCUAGAAGGCACUGCCUAGGCAGUGGGCGGUUGCCCACCGCCCCACCUUUUGCAAAGGCGAUGGCAGUAGGCGUUGCCGCAUUAGUCGGCCGCCUAGGCGGCUCUUAGGCGCUGGCAUCUGAUUUUUUUUUUUUAAAUAAAAGACUGCUAAAUCAAUUGGUUGAUGGAUUAAACACCUCUAAUUGAUUGGGGCAAUCAAUUAGAAUGAGUUUUGCGAAAAAAGAAGCUUGCCGAAUCGAUUCGAUGAUAGUUUGAACACUUCUAAUCGAUUGGCCAAUCGAUUCGCAUGAGUUUUGCGAGAAACAACAAAUAGAAACCUGCUGAAUUGAUUGGCUAAUCGAUUGAACACUUCUAAUUGAUUGGCAAUCGAUUCGCAUGAGUUUUGUGAGAAACAGAAGCUUGCCGAAUCGAUUGGUCAAUCGAUUAAACACAUCUAAUCGAUUGACGAAACAGGUUUACAUUUUGAUUUUUGAAUCGUUUUAACAUUUCGCAAGAAAUGCCGAAUCGAUUGACGAAACAGGUUUACAUUUUGAUUUUUGAAUCGUUUUAACAUUUAAGGUUAGGUUAGCAGCAGCGCCUCUUCCUCUUCCUGUUCAAGUAGUUGCCUCUUCUCUUCCUCUUCAAGCAGCCACCGUCGCUUCCUCCUUUCCCUCCCCUUCUUGUUCUUUAUCAAAGAGCAGUACAUUUGCUACCAUUUUCUUCUCCAACAGCCAGUUAGCCACAGCAUCAGCCCUAGCUGCUGCCCUAGGCCAUAGCUGCUACCUUUAUCCCAGCCAACAGCCACCGGCACUUUGCCCUAUUUCUUGGCAUCAGCAGCCAAAGCUCAUCGUAGCUAGCGAAGGCUAUCAAAGACUAGGGAAAGCAUCCCUAACUGCUGGGCUGGAGCGCAGUGCCUUGUUCCCUCAUUUCCAGCCUUCGACGGUCUCAUUCUUUUCUUUCCAGUAGCUUUUUCUUUUGUUAGGUUAGUAAAUUUAAUUGUAUAUUUGUAUGUUAUUAAAUCUUGUAUGUUAUUGCUUGGCUUGGCUUGAAUUGAUAAUUGAUUUUUGGAAUGCUUAAUAACCAUUGCUUAACUCAAAUGAUUUUUUUAAAAUUGAUAUUGAUAAUUUUUUACUUGUAUAGUAAAAUGUUGGGUACUAUAUCUUCUAAAGCAUCUAAUUUAAUGUCGGAGAUUUAUACUUCUUUGAAGCGUAAUUCAAAUGAUGUUGGAUGAGAAUUUGCGGACUUGGUGGAUUCUAAUAAUUUGGAUAAGUUGAAAUGUAAGUUUGUGUGGAAAAAUUACUAGUGGAGGGAUUUAUAGUAUAAAACAACAUGUUGUCAAUAUCAAGGGGAAUGUUGCCCCGUGUAAGAAAUCUUUGGAUGAGGAUAAAGUGAAGUGUAAGAAUGCCAUUGAAGAAGCAAGAACAAAAAAGAAACAAAAGAAUAUGAACGAAAUAGAGGUGAGAGAAGUUGUUCUUGAAGAAUGAGGAAGAUAAAGGAAGUCUAGGGACAAGAAGAAAGCCGCAUACUCUUGGCCCUAUGGCCCGAUUUGCAUCUGUCAUUGAUCUCGAAUCUUCAUUGAGUGGAAGUAAUAAGACAAAACAAUAAUAAAUAUUAUUGAUGUACUUUGGAAGCAAAGGACACCGUGUGUACCAAUAUUUAGCUCGAUGGGUGUACGAGUCCGGUAUUCCUUUUCAUCCCAUUGACAAUGAUAGCUUCAAGAGGUUUGCGGAAGUGGUUAGUCAAUUUGGCCUGGGUUAUUGUCCUACAGCUCAAUACCUAUUAAGGGAGCCCUUAUUAAAGGAAGAGGUAAACAGAACUAAAAGUCUAUUAAAGAAGCAAGAAUAAGAAUGAGUUUUGAAUGGUUGCUCAAUUUUAACUAAUACUUGGAUUGACAGGAAAAGAAGUAUCAUGAAUUUGUGUGUUUAUUGUAAAGAAGCCACAACUUUCCUUUUUUCGAGGGAAGCAACGACUGAAGCACACAUCGGGAAUUAUAUUUUUGAAUAUGUGGACAAGUGAAUUGAAAAAGUUGGGCCCCAAAAUGUAGUUCAAGUGGUAACGGACAAUGCUUUGAAUAAUAUGGUGGCAAAAUAUUUGUUGAAGGAAAAGGGACCACAUAUAUUUUGGACUUCAUGUGCAACUCACAUCGUGAAUCUUAUGCUUCAAGGAAUUGGGAAUCAACCUAAAUUCAAAGGGGUGAUUGAGAAGGCAAAGAGUUUGAUAAUCUUUAUUUGUGCACAUCACAAGAUAUUGUCAAUGAUGAGAAAGUUUAUCAAAAAAAAAGGGACAUAAUAAGGCUGGGAGUAACAUGAUUUUCAAUCACUUUUCCAACUUUGCAAGCUUGAUAGAGAACAUAGUUGAACUAAGAGCUAUGAUUGCUAGUGAAGAAUGGAAUACUUGCUAACAUUCAAAGAGUGCAAAGGGGAAGGUGACAUAUAAUACCGCUAUGAGUGCCUCUUUUUGGAAUUGGGUAAGUUUUUGCUUGAAGGUGUUCGCCCCUUUAGUUAAGUUGCUUCGUCUUAUUGAUGGGGAUAAGAAGUCAUUUAUAGGUUUUGUGUAUGGAGAAUUACUUAGAGCGAGACAGGAGAUUAAAGUGGCAUUUAAAAAUCAAGAGCUUCACUAUCGUCCGAUUAUUGAUAGUCCACUACAUUUGGCGGCCUACCUCUUGAAUCCUUAUUACUACUUCAACGACCAGAGCAUAGGAAGUGAAGAAGUGGUCACGAAUGGAUUUUUCACUUGUAUUGAAGCAUUCUUUCCCGAUGAUAUUGAUAGCCAAAGUGAGAUAGUAAAUGUGCAGUUGUUGAAGUGUAUCAACAAAGCGGGGGGAUUUAGAAGAGCAUUUGCUAUAAUUGGAUGCAAAAAAAAAAAACGAUGAGAAAUAUGAUUCAAGUAAGAAUUAAGUAAUAAUUGCUUACUUUAUUUUGUAAUUUUUAUUGCUUGUUUCGUGAUUUUGCUUAUUGUUAUUAUUUGAUUUGUUUUUAUUUAGUUGGAUGGUGACAUCUUUUUGGAAAUGAUGUGCCUAAAUUGUAAAAAAUGGCUAAAAGGAUCCUUUCUUUAACUACAAGUUUUUUCAGUUGUGAGAGAAAUUAAAGUACUUUUGAGGGGGUAAGUACUUAAUUACUUAAUGUGUACUUAUUACUAAUUAUUAAUUACUAAAUGUCUAAAUAUGUGUUCAAUAUUAAUAUUUUUCUUUAAUGUAGAUUCAUACAAAGAAAAGAAAUAGAUUAGAUAUGGGAAGAUUGAACAAUUUAGUCUGUUCAAUUCAAUGCCAAGAUCAUAAACAAAAAGAGAAGACAAAAAGAAAAAGGAGUUGAUGUGCUACUUGCUAGUGAAGCAACUAUGACACAAGGAUGGAUUGUUGAUGGUGGAGAUGAAGAUGUUGAGACAAAUAUUGAAGAUAUAAGAGAAUUUCACGAAGAAGAAUUUGUAUUGGAUGAAGAAGAAAAGGAAAAUGUCAUGAAUUUUGAGUUUGAAUCCGAUAAAGGAAGUGUUGGAGAAAUAUGAAGAUGAAUUAGAAGAAGAAUUAGGGAUAUAGGAUUAUGAGUUAUUUUGUGUCCUUUUGCUAUUUUUAAUUUUCAUUGUAUGUUGAAGUUGAACAAAUUAAUAUUUUGAAUUUUGAUUAAUAUUUUGCUCCUUGUCAGUU